AUGGUCAAGACGGAACCGCCACCGGACGACGACCAGGUCCGCAAAAAGAAAAGAAGAAACUUGGGCCAGUUUCCCUGUUCCCAAUGUUCCAAGGUCUUCACUCGUUCAGACCACUUGGCCAGGCACUACCUCAAUCACCAACCCAAGGAAGUAUACGUGUGUGAAAAGCUCAUCAAAAACCAUAACGGAGAGCAGCGGGUGUGUGGAAAGACGUUUGUGAGGAAGGAUCUCAAGGAGAGGCAUUUAAAAAGACACAAGUUGCUCGAUGGAGACGAGGCGUUCGAUGAAGAACUGGAGAGUCCAGUGAAGGAAGAAGAAGAGAAGCUAGGGCGGGGCCAGAGCCCUCUAAGGCAAGUCCAGAGCAACCACCAGCCUGUGAACGUGGACCACGGGCCCGGAGUGCCCCACCAGGGCAUGCUACACAACGGAAUACCGCCCAAUCAGCAGAAUCUACAGAGUCAGCCGAACCCAGGAAACCUACCGAAUGCGCACUUCCAGGGCCCUACGCCGGCGAAUUUCCAGAAUAACAACCACCAAAGCAUCGGCCCUGUCCAUGGCCAGGUCCAACAGAACGUCCAGGGCGUCGCCGUGGGUCCAAACAUGCAUCCACAGAUGAGUCACCAUCUUCCUCAACAACCGCUCCCACCACAGCAAAACGUCCAACAGGGAGUGGUUGCGCAGGCUCCUAUGGGCGGGUUUCCAGGCCACGGGGCUCCUCAGGGCGUUGUGGACGGAAUGGUCGACCCUAGAGGCCCUGUUUCUCCAGAAUUCCGCAUGAACCCCAAUGUUCCUCAGUCGCUGACAGACAUUCUUCUGUGGCUCUUUACCGACCAGGAUCCUGCUUUCCCAAAGGACAUGAUGGUGAAUGCGCCGGAGUACGUCCCCAUGGAAAUGCCCCGCCAAAUGUCGCCCAAACAGCCUGAGGUGGCUCCCAUAUACUACAAUGUGCCUGAGGCCAUGAUCAACAUGAACCUCCAGGAUUUGAAUUUUUUUCUGAAUAACGACAACCCCCUAGACGAGGUCUUCCUACGGCCGCCGGAGGGCCAGAUCGACCAGUCUGCUCCGAAGGCUUGGAACAUCAGCUCGACAAACUCCUCGACUCCCAAUACUACAGAAACGCUAACGCCGAGGUCCCUCAGCGACCACAGUCCCGAACUGUUGCUGGUGGAGUCAAUCGAGUCCCGUGUGGCCCAGCUAGCGUCCAAUAAUGUGGCCAAAAAUCGUCACUUUUUCGUGGAUGCAACCUUGAUGGAACGCUUGGCGAGCUGCUUGCCAGGCGUAACAAUCGACUCCUUGAACAAGAUCCUCAGGCCAUCUCUGCUGGACCCCUUGCCUCAGGACAGAUUGUCGUUCUACUUAUACGGCUACUGGGAGGUUUUCCACCCUCGCUUCCUGAUUCUCCACAAACCGCUGUUUGAUACCAAAACGGCAGAACCGUUGCUCCUUCUCGCUAUGAUCAUCGUGGGAUGCCUGUAUUGCAGCACGACCGAGUCGUAUCUGUCUCGUUCCAAGCACUGUCCCGAGUACAAACUAGCCAUGCUCAUCGCUGCACCACUACGAUUCACACUCUUUCAACACGAAGAGUUCCGUUCUCCUGUGCGGGUCUGGAUUCUACAAACGCUUAAUCUUUUGGAGUGGGUCGAGAAAAACUGCUUGCAGAGACUGAUGCACGAAAGAGCACAUAUCCAUCAUGGAACGACGGUACAGCUUUUACGUCGUUCCCCAUUCCUUGGUGGAAACCCUACUGUCGCUAACAAGGAGCUCACUUCAGCUAGUGAAAACACCAGUGCUGGAGAAGAAGAUGUGGAGGAUUUGGAUGAGGUGGCCCGCUCCGACCAGGCAUUGUUCAACAAGUGGGUUGAAUCCGAGUCGAUGAAGAGGGUAACGUUUAUGACGUUUUACCUUGACGUCAUUGACUACAUUAAGUUCCGCCACAAUCCACAGAUCCCAUUCUACCAGCUUCAGCUUUUAAACCUUCCAUGCGAAGAGGAGGCCCUUUGGGCGUCCUACGAAAUCAACGGAUCAUUCAAAAAGACGAUCAAGCGCCAGAAAAAGAUUCAAAAAUCGGGCGCAAGAUCACUCAAAAAUCAAAAUAACAUAAAACCGGGGAUGAACUUCAUGAGUGCUUUGAAGCGUGUCAUGAAACACACCAAGGCCUCGUCCAAGGUAUCUCUAUUCACAAAGCACGUUUUGUUUGGUGGAAUCGUUUCCAUCAUGCACCUGAUGCAGCAAACCGAGCUACAAAACAGCUUCUCGCAAAUCAUGGCGCUGGAGCGGCAAGUCAAGAACAGAAACCAGAAAUGGAAGGAGAUCAUCACUUCUGUGUUUGACGAUUUUGAUCAUGAAAUCUACGGACCAAGCAGUGGGUUCUCCAAAGACGGUUUCUUCAACAUCAACCGCUGGCAAUGCACUUUCCCCAUGUACCACUUGGCCCAGAUCAUUGGCAUGUCUGAUAUCAACCACUACGACAUUGCCAUUUUCGGCGGCUCGCCUGCAAACAUGAGUGUUGACGCCACGAGCAAGGAUCUCCUGAUAGUACAGAAAAAGCUCAACUCCAUGUGGAUGCGGUCGCUUCCUGCCAUGAUGAAAAACGUCGGUGAUCUCAUCAACUACAAGUGUGUGAUACACUGCUACUGGCUCUUGUGGGGCAUGAUGCUUACGCCGUUGAAUAAAGAUGGCCAACCAACACAACCGCUUUCGUACGACUGGCGAGUGGAUCACGACGUCCAUGACUCUCUUUACGCUGCCAGUAUAGCCACCUUGGUCUUGUGGUGCUACUGCUUCUCAGUCUACGGAGCAGAGUCUACGAAAUUUGCCGAGUUCGGCGAAUCGCUUUCAUUGAAAGAUACAAGAAGCUAUGAGAAGAUCGCCGAGUAUGCUGCUGAGGAAGGUUAUCUGUAUCUCUAUCGGGUGCGCCAGGAAUUCACAGAUAAGAUCAAGGCCCAGGGACUCGGCCCGGAGUCGCUUCUUCACAGCACCCGCUCCAUGGAAGAAGUGUCUCCGAGCAAGAUAGUCAACCGGUACAGCGAGAUCUUGCCCACGAUCAGCAACAAGCAGAACAUUCUGGGGCUUUGUUUCCUCGUGGGCACCAAGUUGUUGCGCAGCCAGUGGCUGGUGCUUCGGGAAAACGCCAAGUUGAUUAUCAACUGCGGGCUUCGCUCUGCGGGCAAGAAGGAGGUGUGCUGCCUGGACCUCUUUGUGGAUGACUUUGUCGACUGA